UAUUUCAGGUUGAUGGAAAACUUCACCUACAACAGCUUCACGAUACAACUGGAGGGAUUGAAUGUCCCAAAGGAUUCUAAGCACCCAGUGUUUCUUUUUGUCUUUUUCUCCUACGUGUUUAUAAUGGUCGCAAAUGUGGGUAUUGCUGUUCUGGUUUUUAUGGACAAAAACCUUCACCAGCCUAUGUAUCUCCUUUUGUGUAACCUGUCAGUCAAUGAUAUACUUGGAAAUUCUAUCUUGGUGCCUCGUUUGCUUACAGACAUGUUGAGGUUUCCCUCUGAACGCCUCAUCAGUUAUUAUGAAUGUGUGGUCCAAGCUUUUACAACACAUAUGUUCAGUACCACUGCUCACACUGUACUCAUGAUUAUGGCCUUUGACAGAUAUGUGGCCAUCUGUAAUCCCCUGCGCUAUGCUGCCAUAAUGACCAACAAAAUGGUGGUGAAGCUGACAGUUUCUGCCUGGGGGGUGGCUUUUGUUUUGGUUGGGAUUCUGCUUGGUCUGACCCUACGACUGAACCGAUGUAGGAAUAUGAUAAGAAGCCCUUACUGUGACAAUGCUGCACUGUUUAAACUCUCCUGUGAGAGUGUGUUUAUUAAUAAUGUCUAUGGCCUCACCUUCACUGUAGUCCUGUUCACAGGUUCUAUUGGCAGCAUGGUUAUCACCUAUUCUAAGAUUACAGUAGUCUGUCUCACCAGUAAUAACAUGUCUUUGAACAGUAAAGCCUUGAAGACCUGCAGCACUCAUCUGCUUGUGUUUCUGAUUAUGGUGUUUAGUGGAAUGUCUAUCAUUGCGCUGCAUCGCUUCCCUCAGUACUCAGACUACAGAAAACUCAGUAGCAUUUUGUUUCAUAUUGUCCCCGGCAGUCUCAACCCCAUUAUUUAUGGGGUUCAGUCAAAAGAGAUACGAAGAUUCCUGUCACAAAAGUUUCAGUUCAGAAAGGUUUUGCCAUCAUUAUAA